AUGCCCGUGCUCGAGGCCGUCGCGGCCGUAGCUAACAUCGUCGCCACCUUUCAGUCGGCCGCUGGCCUGUACAAUGGAUGGAAAGCCCGAAAAGAAGUGGCCGAGAGAGCGAACAGGCCAGUUCCUGAAGACUUCAAGACGCAGACUUCACUAGUCCGUGGCCGGCAGCAGGUUCAGGAGGAGUAUGAUCGUGCAUAUGCUCGGCUGGGAGCGAGGUUUGCUCAAGGUGAUGACGAAGGACGCAUGCAACUCCAAGGCGAACUAAUAAUGCUCCAACAAACCGUCAUCGCCUUCCUCCAAUCCGGCCUUGCCUCCCCCCAAGGCCGCCUAAACAUCUCCCAGCUCCUCGCGCACUCCGAAGGCCGACGAGCCGGCACGGUUACAGCCCUCACCAACCAGUACCAGCGCAUGACAACCGCUGCACCGAUCCGGUCGCUUAAAUCCGCAGAGACACCACGCGCGAACUACUUCGCUUUCGCCAGUAACCUGCACCUCGAGCAAAUGGCCGCCCGCUGCUCGAGUAGCAUGUUCAGAGGCAAAGCCACGUUACGAGGGUGGAGAUGGCAGGUCAACGAACGCGGGUUCGCGAAUAUCGUCCCCUCCCCUUCAGAUCACGUGGAAGGGCUGGUUUUCACUGUCCGGUACGAAGACCAACUGACACUUCAUCGGUACGAGGGCAUCUCGAAGGGCUACUACGAAUGCCGUACCCUGCCCGUCAAGCUGACGGAGUGCGUUGAGGGGCUCUCGAAGACGUCCUUCAUUGCGAGACAGCUCAGCGCCGGACACGCACCCCCUGGUGCGACUAGAGCGGUUGAUGUGGACGCGCUGGUGUAUGUGAGCUCGACGUAUGUUACUGAUGGUCGGAUUAGGGCAGAGUAUGCCGAGAGAAUGAAGCUCGGGAUAGCUGAUGGCGUGGCGUUGGGGAUGUCGCCAGAGUACACGCGGAGGUAUUUGGAGCCUCAUGUUACUCCUAGCAAGCCCGGUGGUCGACUGGGCGGGUUGUUUGGCAGGCGGCGGCGAAGGGGUCGUCUGGCCAGCAGUUGA